AUGAAGUUCACCACCGCAACCCUGGCCAUUACUAUGUUGGCAACUGGUGCCUAUGCGGCGCCACGCUCUGGACUAGUUGAGCGUUUGCAAGCACGCGGUGUUCUGUCUCGCCAGUCCAUGCCUUCAGAGAGAAAUGGCGUUCUUCUCAAGGAUGGCUCCGACUCCGAGGCAGCCAGCGUUCAGUACAGCAAGAACUGGGCCGGUGUCGUCCUUGAACAGCCUCCUCCCAGUGCCACCUACACCGCUGUCUCUGCCACCUUCACCGUCCCAGACCCAACAGCAACGGAUAACUCCGGUAAUAUGCAAGCUGCUUCCGCCUGGGUUGGAAUCGAUGGUGAUUCUUAUACCAAGGCUAUCUUGCAAACCGGAGUUGAUGCCUAUAUUCAGAACGGCGAUAAGACCUAUGACGCGUGGUACGAAUGGUACCCUAACGCUGCUGUGAACUUUGCUAUCGAUCUCUCAGCUGGCGAUGUGAUCGUUGCGAAGGUUGAGUCCUUCUCGCCUAGCGAGGGUGUUGCCAUCAUCGAGAAUCAAUCCUCUGGCAAGACUGUUACCCAGACGUUAUCUGCCCCUUCUUCCUCUGCGACUCUUGGUGGACAAAACGCUGAGUGGAUUGUUGAGGACUUCAACUCGGGUUCCUCGAUGGUGCCACUUGUCAACUUCGGUGAUGUCACUUUCACUGGUGUUCAGGCUGAAGCCGCCAGUGGGUCUUAUGGUGUCAAUGGUGGUCAGGUUUUGGACAUCCAGCAGAAUGGCAAGGUCCUCGCCAAGGUCGAUGUUGAGAGUGACACCCAGUUCACUGUGUCCUACCAGUCGUGA